AUGCUCAUGAAAAUUUCUAUAUUUCUUUCUCUACUUUUCCUGGUUUUCACGAAUGGUCAAUCUCCAGCAAAGUACACGAAUGAAACAUUGAAAGUUCGUCUGAAUGUGCCGUUCUUCAAGUUUUUCAGCAAGAAUGGACAUCAUGUGGUCGACGAAGAAAUCCCAAAAAUCACAAUCCCCGAAAUCAAACUUCCAUUCUCCUCAAGUAUUGGGAAAGGCGUUGUGAAGACUAACGAUCUGAAAAUCGAAAAGUUCAGCUCCCCUAAAAUCGACUUCAACCUUUCAAAUACUGGCAUCCGCUGGUGGACAAGUGGUGGUGCAAUCAAGUUAUCUGGAAAGUGGCACGCAAAGUUUACAGAGCUGAUUACGAUUCGUGACAAAGGAUGGCUCAAUGCGUAUGCAACCGGAAUUCAAAUGAAUAUCUCCGCGGCUGCUUACCAAUUGGAUGGUCAACCGCAAGUUCGAAUUGGAGAGUGUACUGUUCAAAUUCAAAAGUUGGAUGUGGAAAUUGGUGGAAGUGUGAUCUCUUGGUUGGUCAAUCUUUUCGAGACUCCAUUCUCCAAACUCAUCAAAAAAGUGAUUAACGAGCAGGCUUGCACUGCGGCUCGUGGUAUUCUGAUAGACGAGGCUAACAGAUUCUUACAUUCCCUGCCAAGUCACGUGGAUAUCGGAGCAAACUUUUACGUGGACUACUUUUUGACAGAGAAUCCACAUGCGACGAGAGACUUCACGGAAUUCGAUCUGGCAGCUGAUAUUGUUUAUGGAAAGAGUGUUUGUCAUCCAGUCAAAGUGGGCAAUUGGACAGAUGCCAGUGACUCUCCUGGAAUGCUUACGACCUGGAUGUCUGUCUCUAUCCCCAACUGUCUCAUUGAAUCCGCCCAUCAAAACCAACUCGUUAAGGUUCUCAUCUCCAAAGACAUCUCCGUAGCCGAGCCAUAUCUUCGUACCUCAUGUGGAUUCCUUGGCUUGUGUAUUGGAAAGUUUUUCAAGAAACUGAGAACGGACUAUCCGAAUAACCACGUGGAUUUGUUUUUCCACACCUACAGUACACCAUACUUCGAGAUGAGUGAAAAGGAUGGAGUCAUGUUGAAUAUGAGUUUGGCUGUUGACUUGUUCAUCAAUCCAUAUGCGAAGACAAAAGAGAACAUUCUCGCGCGUCUCGUAGUUGACACACAAUCCGAUGUGGAACCCUACCUAAAUAAUACUAGAAUUCAUGGACACCUUCUGAAUUCCACUAUCACAGCCCGAGUCGAAUUUUCGAAUAUUGGAACGGUUUCCGGAGCAUUCCUCAGAGCCUUCUCCAGUGUCCUCUCCAUGACUGCUCGCGAGGCCGUUCGUUCAGUUUUGGGAGUGGGAAUCCCGAUUCCAUCGUAUGAUAAUGUAACUAUUGCAGACUCAUCCCACAUCGAAGUGUUCGACCAGUAUCUCCGUGCCAACAUCGACUUUGAGUUUAAAUAA